AUGGCCUCUUUCUUCAAUAGCGGCAGUGUCCUCUUCUUGCUCUUUGUCGUCCUCUUUGCGGCCACUCAGGCUACUCCUGUUGACAAUUUGCUCCCCGUAUGCAAGACCGUCGGCGGCGGCAGUAAAUACGUGGGCAUCCAGUUCUGUCUGGACACCCUCCACUCCGACCCCCGUAGCGCAAACGGUGGAAACUACCAAGAGCUUGCGGUCGUCACAGUCGACCUCCUCACGGCCAACGCCACCCGUACCAAGGCCAAGAUUGAUGGCCUUCUCGGCGAUGGCGACCGCAAGACUGAGGACGCCACCAGGCGGUCCCUCAGGUCGUGCCUGGCUCUUUUUGACGGCAUAUUGCAGAGCCAGCCUGGCUGUGCGGCGGCCGUCAAGGACGGGAAGUUCAGCGAGGCGACCUCGUCCCUGGAGAAAUCGGCGGCCGCAGCGAAGGAGUGCCAGGGUGGCUUCAGCAAGAGCAACGUGGCGUCGCCGGUGACAGUGGAGAACGACAACGCUUUCCAGCUCGCAAAGCUCGCCGUCGCCUUGAUUCGUGUUACCUCAUAG